UUGUUCCAUAGCAGUUAGAAGAAAGAGGCCUUCGGCUGCAGAUCCCUAAUGCCUGCCACUGAAAACAAUGGGCAUUGUGUUGUCCAGAGUGGAUAAGUGUCGCAUUGUACCUUCCACUUCGACUCGUAGAGCUGCAACAUUAAAGAAUGCUGCCCCCUGUAGGGAAAUGAAUGGAACUGCUAAUUGUUCAAACAGCAACACCACUCCUCCUGUCAACACUACAGAAAGCACCACCGAGGAGGGCCUCCUGAUCCCUGCGCUUCCAGAGAGAGCAAAUAUUGAGAGGGGCUACGUGACUCCUCAGCAGGUUUACAAUCUCCUGAAUGCAGAAGCAGGACAACCAGCCCUCCAUGACCCAAACUAUAUCCUAAUCCUGGACUGCCGCAGUGCAGAGAGGUAUAAGCAGAGUCAUUUGGUGACAGCAAGAGCAAGUGUGACAGUCAUGCAUCCUGAGCUGGGAUGUCUGAUAAGCUGCGUGCAGCUUCAGGAGUUUUCAAUCAUUCUGCUCUAUGCUGAGGAGGGCCACAGUCCAGUGGGUAGUGAGGAGGCCCGGAAUGACUCGAUGCCUCUCCAGCGGUGCUUCUUCCAGCUCAGCGCACUGGGGAUGGAUCCGGUCAUCUUACUGGGUGGCUACUCGGCCUUCCACUCCCUCUACCCUUUCCUGUGCACACCCCGCAUGAUCCUGCUGCAGUCGGAGCGUCGCUCCCUCACCAUCUACCCCUCGGAGAUCCUGGAGGGGGCUCUGUACCAGGGCUCGGCUGCCCAGGCCCACGACUACCGCAUCAUCAAGAACCUGCACAUCACCCACGUGGUCAACGCCACGGCCGAGAGCGCCGACGCCUUCCCCAGCGUGGUGCGCUACCUGUGCCUGCGCCUCAACGACGACGCCCAGCAGGACCUGAGCCAGGCGCUGCCCGCCGCCUCGCGCUUCAUCGCCGGCGCCCUGCAGGGGAGCCCCGGGGUGCCGGGCGGCCGUGUGCUGGUGCACUGCAGCCUGGGACGCAGUCGCAGCUCCGUGCUAACGCUGGCCUUCCUCAUGGAGCAGCGCUGCUGGUCUCUGCUGCACGCCUUCCGCUGGCUCAAAGAACGGAGGGCCUGCGCCGCGCCCAACGCCGGCUUCUUGCGCCAGCUGUCCGACUACGAGGAGCAGCUGUUCGGGGAGAGGCUGACAAAACUGGAUGACAUACGGCUGUGA